AUGGUAGUUAAAGAGACUUUCAGGCUACACCCAGGAAAUGCCUUGUUGGUUAGGGAAUGCAUGAAACACAGUAGGAUCGAUGGAUUCGAUAUAUACCCAAAAACAACGGUCCUAAUAAAUGCAUGGGCAACCGGGAGAGACCCAAAGUACUGGCAGAAUCGGGAAAAAUUCUUGCCAGAAAGGUUCAAAGAUAGCUCCAUUGAUUUCUCCGGAAGUCAAAAUUUUGAAUACUUACCCUUUGGGGGAGGUCGACGGGGUUGUCCUGGAAUGAACAUGGCAAUUGUGCUGAUAGAGCUCGUCCUUGCCAAUAUAUUGUAUGAUUUCGAAUGGAAAUUACCAGAAGGAUUAAACAAGGAAGACCUAAACAUGGAGGAAUCUCCAGGACUGACUAUUCAUAAGAAAUAUCCACUUGAGCUUGCGUUUUGGAGUCAUUCGAGUAAAAGAAUAAGAAACAACUGCAAAAGGGAAAAGAAUGUCAUUCUAAAGGCAAGUGCUAUCAGGAGCCCAGCAGAGGAUAAGGGACAACCAUCUGAAGUUUCACUAAAGACGGACAGUUCGCUAAGGGCUGCCACCAACUUCUAUAACCUACAGACUAAACCUAGGUCGAGAUUUUCUCCUCUAAUUUAG